GACCGAUGAGAGUGAACGUUAAAAUAAAGUGCGCAUAUUUGAAGAAUAGAAUAGUUAUUGUGCUAUCUCGUGUUGUUGGACUAUCAAAGUCUACCAAAAUAGAAUAAGAUUUUUUGGACAUGCACGUAGCAUGUAAAUGGCUUAAGUAUCUAAUUGCGAAAUAAGCAUAGAAGACACGUGCGUGCUUGUUCGAACACGAUCUACCGAGCAACAGUUACCGGCGUAAAAGCAGUGUGUAAGUGCGUACGCAUUUAUCGUCACCAUAUCAAGAAAAUACGUCGUUUACAGACAAGUUGAACGUUUCAUUUCAAUUUUUUCUAUCGCAUAAUGUCGCAUUCUUACGAGGAAAAAUUAGAAGAGUGGGGUCUUUCAGAAUAUACACAAAAAUUUAAAGAUGAGGGCAUAGAUGAACAGGCAUUUCUAUACAUGCCCGAAUAUAUGAUAAAAGAAUUAAUCCCUACAAUUGGAAAACGUUUUCGUUUUCUUGAAAAUCGUAAAAAAUUACUUACAAUUGCAAAGGAAAAUUCAGAAACUUCAACGGAUUUGGCUACAAGUGAUAUCGAAGAAACUGUCAGUAUAGGUAGCUGUUCUUCCAAGGAGUCAAAUGACAAUCGUGGACAAGUAUGCAUUUUUAUACGAACUUUGCAAUUAUAUUCUUGAAACUUUAUCAUGUUUAACUUUUUCGAAGUAGGCAAGUAUUACGUAAUCCUAAAAUUUUGUGUUAUUUUGUAUUACUUUAAUAUUUUUUUUAGAUUCUAAAAGAAUUGCUUUUCGAAUCCAGUUGUGGUCGAAAAAUAUUGACGCAAACACGUUUGACUGCAUCAGACAGUAAUAAAAUAAGUCAUUUCAUUAUAGACAAACUUCUUUGCAAAUCUAUGUUUUUUAUCACUUAUUAAUUUCAUUCUAAUGGGAUGUUGUAGAGUAAGUUCGGCAGAUUUCCAGAAAUGGGCUGAAGAAAUAGUCAGCCUUUUUAAAUGCGAAACAAUAUCGACAUAUUAUGUUCCAAGUAAUGCAAAACAAAAACGUCUUGCUAACGGAAAACUGUGGGACAAAUACAACAAUCUAAAAAGAUACAUUAAGAAACAAACAAUCGUUGAAAACAAAGAGAACACUACAGAAAGUCCUGAUUAUGAAGAGGCAUUGCUUACAUUGCGAGCAAUUCAGCCAAAUGACCCCGCUCUUCUAAAGCUUUGGGAAGAAACGUUUAGCGCAAGAAGGAAAGGGACUUCGAUUGCUCAAUAUUAUGACGAAUAUCCUAUUUUAAAAAGUUCGAUUGCUACCUCACUGAUAAUUUCAUAUCAAAUUUGUAUGUGUAUGUGUGUACGGGUACGCGUGUGCGUACGUGCACGCAAACGCGGUAUAAUAUAAUUAUAAAUCCUUCUAAUGUCAAUUAUUACACAUGUAAUGUCAAUUAUUACAGAUACGUAUUGAUUGUGGCAUUGCAACAGGAAUUGAUACGCUUAUUUUUCAAAAAAAGUGGCCUGAAAUUUGUCCAUACGUAAUACAGAUAGCUGAGAAGAAAUAUGCAUGCCCAG